UUCGUUUUUUGUUGUGGUAACGUUCCCUGAACGUUUGUUUUGGUUGUCUGUUGGUUAAUUGGAAGGUAUUCUUAACGUUGUGUUGAUUUGAAUGGGAAUGACCGGUCUACUGUCGUUUAUCGUAUGGAAACAAGUUAUUCACAGGACUUUCCAAUUAAGAGCUCAAAUUUACUGACGACCCUGAAUGCAGCACACGCCCGUUUACAGAGAGAGAGACAACAAUCCGACGAAGAGAAGCAUAUCAAAAUGGUCCAGUGAGAGCAGCUGAUGCAAGCUAUGAGUCACAGUAGUCCUUGCCUGUGGACUCGGCUCCUCCAGGACAGCCAGGCCCCAUGUGACCGCUACAAGCAUGCCUGCUGCAGCUACGGUGGACAUGUCUACAUCCUGGGAGGGAGAGACAGCAGCACUUUGAGGGACUUCUGGAGGUACAGCGUGGUUUGUGACGAGUGGACAGAGUUAAACUGCACCAGUGAUGCUGCACCAGAAGAACUAGAAGGACAUUCUAUGGUGGCUCAUGAGGGCUUCCUGUACGUGUUUGGAGGCAUGCUGGAUUCUGCGUACAACGAGCAGAGAUGCCCCCUCUGGGUAUUUGACAUCGCGAAGCAGAAGUGGGUGCCCUGCCAGGGAAAGACCAGCUCCCCCCAGAGCCGAAUGCCAACCAACAGAAAGGGACACAGUGCUGUGCUGCUCGGGUCUGCCAUGCUGCUGUAUGGAGGGUUAUUGGACAUCAAAGGAUCCUCGCAGGACUUUUGGAGUUUGGAUUUUGAUUCCAUGGCUUGGUCUCUGCUGAAUGGCUCCCAGCAGCAGGGCCCUUUGGGCCCGGCCCCAGACACAGCCACUCAGCCGUGGGCAGCCACGGCUGCAUGUACCUAUUCGGGGGCCUGAAAGGCUUGCAGGAGCAGAGGGACUUCUGGAAGUGGAGCUCCACCAGCAACACGUGGAGUUCCCUCAAAAACAAGGCCGGCCCCUCCAGACUGAUGGGCCACUCGGCCGUGGCCUACCAGGACAGCAUGCUUCUUUAUGGGGGAUGUGAGAGCCAGAACUCUCCUAAGCACUGCCUGUGGAGGUACCACUUCAGCACUCAGACCUGGGGGCAGGUUGCCACGCUCCCCGGCUCCAACCCCCCAGGGAAGAUCCACCACUGCUGCGUUGGGCUGGGUCCCAGCUACAAGUCCAAGACCAGCAGCGGCCCCUGCUCCGGCUCAGCA